AAGCAAUUACUUGACUGACUCAGUAUAGAUCCACCCCCCUCCCUUCUACAGUGAAUUUGAAUUUCUCUUUUAUUUAUUUCCUUUCCCUAUAAAGAAAGAACAAAAAAAAAAUAUAUAUAUAUAUAUAUAAAUAUACACAAAUAUAUAAAUAUAAAUAUUUCUUUACAAGUCAGCAUGUUGUUGAACACGUUUUCAAAAGAAAUAUUUCAACGAUUCUUGACAGCUACUAAUCGUGCUCAAAUUACACAAUACUCUAGUUUAUGGAGAUCACAGCGUUUUAUCUCAACACAUAAUGUUUCAUCCAACAUAACCCCACAUGUAUUUAACAAGGCUCUAUUAUCAUAUUCUCCUUCUAAAGAACCAGUAUCUAUGUCAAAAGUGUCUGAACAUGUUUCUCGUCUUCUUCCUUUUAGCGCACCUGCUCCUCCAUCACCCAUGAUCAAUAGAACUUCAUCUACAACAAAAGCAGUUGAAAAACUUGAAUUAACCAGUGUGCUUCGAAAACGUCGCCUGAAGAUGAAUAAACAUAAACAUAAAAAAUUGCGAAAAAGAACUCGUGCUUUAAGAAAGAAGUUGGGUAAAUAAAGAAUGACGGAGGCUACUAUAUAUAUGUAUGUGUAUGUGUAUGUGUAUGUGUAUGUGUAUGUGUAUGUGUAUGUGUAUGUGUAUGUGUAUGUGUAUGUGUAUGUAUAU